AUGUUUCUGAAUCACUUUCAAGUAUCACAUAACAGUGUAACAGCAGCUGAAUGUCAAAACAAGAUUCAACAGAGUAUAGAGAGUUCGAUUUCAGAGUCAUCCAUAAAAAAACUCACAGUACUGUCAAGCCUUUUGGACCAAUUGUCCAUUCACAAAAUUCUGCCAUUUGACAUUGCAUAUGAAGAAUAUGCGGCAAAAGUUCCUUCCAGUGCCAACUCUACAAACCAAAAGAGUGCAAGGGUACAAUUCAGAAACCUAAUUCUGUCCAAGAAGGGGAUACCUGUAGUAAUAGUUCACAAUCAAGGAAAAAGGUAAGCAAUUUUAACCUUUAAUUUUAAAUGUCUUGCCUAUUAAACUAAAUAUGCCAAUGGUUAUGUGACUUUUGUCAUUUAAAGACCACUCGUCCUACUCUGUUUGCAUUUUACCCCAUGGCAAGUCACUAUUAAAUACUGAAAGCUGUAUUCAUUCUAUGACUUUUGGUAUCUACAGUGUGUAAAUCAGACUAUUUGCCUGCUUUAGGUUUGUCUGCAUUCUUGAGAAACCAGCACAGCACUUGGAAUUUUUUCAGUCAGAAAAAAGAGAACAUCCAGCAUUUGCUUCAGUACUUGCUGGAAAUAUUCCAAUUUUGCUGAAGCUGAUGUCAUCCUCAAGAGACAGAGCCAUUGUGCAGUUUAUACUAGCUUCCAUUUAUUCAAACACUGUCUUGCAUAAUGUCAUGGGGUAUACCUCAGUGAUUGUGAAUGGCAUAAAAGGUGAAGUGGAUAAUUUUUUGAUACAGGCAGAGUUAAAUGAGGAAUGUUCAAUGCAGUCAGCAGAAAGUCAAGUAGCAGAGGCUGUUAGUAGACUAGAAAACAUCAUUGAAAAGAAUGAAAACAUGCUUGAAAGAAAAAGAAAGUGCCUGGCCAAUGAAGAAAUAGAAGACCUAGAGAAUGACUUAAAUGUAAAAAGGCAGUGA